ACAUUAUGGUGAAUGGGACCCCUUAAAAUAAUAAUUGAACUCUUGUUCACAAUUGACCAAAAUCAUCACCACCUUACCCUUUAGAAGCCUGCAUUCGAAAACAACACUUCUUCUUCUUCUUCUCAAUUCAUAAUAUCUUCUCAUUCUUCUUCAACAUUGCUGAGUCUGAGUGAAUGAGAUUCUCUGUUUUCGAUUCAGAUCCGUGAAGAAAGGUUAUGAUGUCAAGAGAGAUUCGUGAACUAGACAACUUUGUUUUGUAGUGUUUCGAUUCGGGGGAAUGGCAAGAGACCUACUAGAUUCGUUCUCCAUGAAAACCUGGAGGUGUUCUUGGUCUCUUGCCGCAACAAUUGCAUCGGCUCUAGCAUUGGUUUCUGUAGUUCAUUUGUUUUUGUUCCCGUUGACGCCUUCUUUAAACUAUUUCAAUCUAGCUUCGGAUUCGUGUAUUUCAACUAAUGCAUCAGCAGAAUUGAUAAGUAAGCGUGGUUGGGAAUGGGAUGAACCUGCAAUUGAUUUGAAGCGUCAGUUCUUAGCUGACUCGCAUGAUUCGGUUUCUUAUAAGGGUGCACCGUGGAAGGCUGAGAUUGGUCGAUGGCUUGCAGGUUGCGACUCCAUUACAAAAGAAGUCAACAUUUCUGAGAUAAUAGGCGGAAAUGACUGCAAAAACGACUGCAGUGGCCAGGGCGUUUGUAAUCGAGAGUUGGGACAAUGCCGAUGUUUUCAUGGUUAUGCUGGAGAUGGAUGCAGCGACAGACUGGAGUUAGAAUGCAACUUCCCAGGAUCACCGGAGGAGCCAUUUGGACGAUGGGUUGUAUCAAUUUGCCCAGCCAACUGCGACAAAACAAGGGCAAUGUGUUUCUGUGGAGAAGGAACAAAAUAUCCAUCUCGACCACUGGCAGAGACAUGUGGGUUUCAAUUUAAUCCACCUUCUGAACCCGGUGCUCCAAAAAUAGUGAAUUGGACAAUAGUUGAUCAAGAUGUGUUCACAACUAAUAGUAGUAUACAAGGUUGGUGUAAUGUAGACCCAGCUGAAGCAUACACUGGAAAGAUAAAAUUCAAAGAGGAAUGUGAUUGCAAAUAUGACGGUCUUUGGGGCCGAUUUUGUGAAGUGCCGGUUGAAUCUGUUUGCAUUAAUCAGUGCUCCAGACAUGGCCAUUGUCGCGGUGGAUUUUGCCAGUGUGCUAAUGGCUGGUAUGGAGCAGAUUGCAGUACUCCAUCUGUGAUAUCUUCUAUAAGAGAGUGGCCCAGUUGGCUCCGUCCUGCUCGGGUUGAUGUCCCUGACAAUAUUCAUGUUAGUGAAAAAUUAAUCAAUCUUAAUGCUGUGGUGGCAAAGAAAAGGCCUCUUAUAUAUAUUUACGAUUUGCCCUCUGAGUACAACAGCCUACUACUGGAGGGACGCCAUUUCAAGUUAGAGUGUGUAAAUAGAAUUUAUGAUGGCAAUAAUGCGACAGUAUGGACAGAGCACCUGUACGGAGCUCAGAUGGCAAUUUAUGAGAGUUUGUUAGCUAGUCCUCAUCGAACUCUAAAUGGUGAAGAAGCAGAUUUUUUCUUUGUUCCUGUUCUUGAUUCAUGCAUCAUAACUCGUGCUGAUGAUGCUCCUCACUUGAGUAUGGAGAGGCAUCAUGGGUUGAGGAGCUCACUUACUUUGGAAUACUAUCAGAAUGCACACUCUCACAUUCUUGAGCAGUAUCCUUACUGGAAUCGCUCAUCAGGAAGGGACCACAUCUGGUUUUUUUCAUGGGAUGAAGGUGCUUGUUAUGCCCCUAAGGAAAUAUGGAACAGCAUGAUGUUAGUGCACUGGGGAAACACGAAUGCAAAACACAACCAUUCAACCACAGCUUAUUGGGCUGAUAACUGGGAUAAGAUUUCAACUCACAGAAGAGGCAUUCAUCCAUGCUUUGACCCUGACAAAGAUCUCGUGCUUCCUGCUUGGAAAGUUCCUGAUGCAAACGUGUUGACCUCAAAAUUUUGGGCUUGGCCCCGUGACAAGCGGAAGACACUGUUUUUCUUCAACGGGAAUUUGGGACCAGCUUACCCGAAUGGGAGACCAGAAGACUCGUAUAGUAUGGGUAUAAGACAGAAGUUGGCAGCAGAGUUUGGCUCAAGCCCCAAUAAGGAUGGAAAACUAGGGAAACAAUAUGCAGAAGAUGUCAUUAUGACCCCACUACGUUCUGAUAACUAUCAUGCAGAUAUAGCAAGCUCUGUUUUCUGUGGGGUGCUUCCUGGAGAUGGUUGGAGUGGACGCAUGGAAGACAGUGUUUUACAAGGAUGCAUCCCUGUGGUCAUUCAGGAUGGGAUUUUCUUACCAUACGAAAAUGUACUCAACUAUGAUAGCUUUGCUGUUCGAAUACCAGAAGAUGAAAUUCCAAACAUGAUAAAGAUUCUUCGGGGGUUCAAUGAGACAGAAAUCAAUUUGAAGUUAGCAAAUGUUCAGAAAAUCUGGCAAAGAUUCUUGUAUCGUGAUUCUAUUUUGCUUGAAGCUGAAAGGCAAAAAGCUGCUUUUGGACAUGUUGAUGAUUGGGCAGUUGAAUUUUUAAAAUUGACAGAGGAUGAUGUCACCACCACUUUAAUACAGGUUUUGCACUACAAGUUACAUAAUGAUCCUUGGAGGAAACAAAUUAGGCACAACAAGAAGUUUGGAUUACCUAACCAGUGUGUGGUUAACACCAUCUGAGGAAGGUCCAGUUCCUAAAAUAUGAUACUAUCUCCACUGCAGGAAAUCAUUCAACCAGUGAUAUACAUGAUUUUUUCCCCUCACAUAAAAUGUGUGUAUGUAUAAGUGUUUCUUGAGUCUGUCUCAUAGGCUGUCACACCGUGGAAUUGUAAAAUAACUAGUGUAUGUGCACGGUUUGAUGCAUAGCAUUUAUUUAUUUUUCAAGAUAUUUAAUUAAUUAAUAUUUAUAAUGCGAUAAAGAAAAUAAUAAAAGAGGAAAUAGCUUCUGAAUAA